UUUUUUCUUUCUAUUUCAAACUGGUUGUUGGCAAUACAAUUUUACUGUCAUUAUGCUUGUUUUAAUAGUUUCCUUAAUCAUUAAUUUUGGGUCAAAUACCUUAUAUUGUUGUGUUCAUUAAAAUUAAUCAACAUGUCCAAUUUUAAAGUUGCCAUUUUGACAGGAAUUGUGUUAAUUUGGAAAGAUUUUGGACUAAACAGGGAACUCGGAACCAGAUAAUUGGUGUUGAAUAAUUUAAUUACAAGACAACCUAAACAUCAUCAGCAACAACAAAUCAACUAUAAUACAGCAAUGAUUUGUGUUUUAUUGUGUCACCAGAAAUGUGUUUUUCAAAAAAGUGUAUGGCAAGAGUGAAUGUCUAACAAGCCUUUUUACCUUGAGAUAAACAGUUGUGAUUAUUUAGAUAACUAUGGGUAACAAUGGCUGUGCUUAUUUAUUUGAUUAACAGUGUAUCAUCCACUAAAACCAAUCAACUUAAUUAAUUAAUCAUUCAUAGAUUAAUAAUCUGACAACAACAAUAAAGCACCAUAUCAUCAUCAUCAACAACCAUUAUUAAACCGCAUCAACCUCUCAACAGCCUAGUCAAUUGUUUGCUUAUACGUGGUUCACUUUCAUUCAAACUGUUAUCAUCCUCAUCAAAAUCGUCAUCGUCAGCCAACAUCAUCAUUAUCAUCUUUAAACCAACUUUACUGAUUUUAAUUCAAGGCCUUCUCGAGUCCAAUACAAACCAGGCUAGAUUUCAUUCAGUUUUCCUGGUUUUCCAGUGGCAAGGAGUAAUGCAGAAAUAUUGAAAUUUAACAAUAUACAAAUUAUUUAUCUUUGAUAUCUUUUUGUUUCAAGACUAACACUUUACCUCUCAGUCCUACGAUAAUUUGAUAGUCUUAACAAUUAAAGAUAGAUGGAAUGAUUUUACUUCUUUUUCCCAUAGUUUCUUAAGUGCUUCAAAGUUCAAUCGUUUUCUCUAUUGUCACUGGUUUGCUACUUUUUCACAUGUUACUGGUUUUCGCUGUUGAAAGUGUUAAUAUUUGUGAUGUUAAUUUAUGCUCAAAUUGCAUCAUAGUUUCCUAAUGAUUCGAGCUGUUUACCUGCUACUAAUUUUGCUUGAUCGUAUUCAAUUUUAACAUCUACUGGCAUUUCAUGGAACACAUUCGUAAUAUCAUCUAGUGGGAAAAACAAAAAACCGUCAAGAUGAAAUCCAAGUUAAACUUGAUCUGUCAACAUCAUGCAAAAACUUCCACCGUUUCCAGAUUUUCUUGAGUACCAUCAUGAUCAUCAUCCUUCUUUCCCUUGUUUAUAGUGACACUUACCAUCACUUGUGAUAAGCCUAAUAGUUGGCCAUCAGUUUUUCAUUCAAGCUCAACCUGCAUCAUGGGUGAAACUGAAGAUCAGGCUAGUAUCUCGGGUCAAGUAAACAAAGGGUUUGUUGACAUACCCUUGGGUCAAAUGAAUCAAUCAAAUAAUCUCGAUGAGACAACUGAUGAAACAGAUGAUUUGAUUCCAUUUAUGAGAGUUCAUUCGGUGCCCACGGCCUUUUAUCCAUCUGAAGCAAUAUUGAUUCCUGAAAUGCCAAUUAAAGCAAAAUUUAUUGAAACCACUGAAGCACCCAAUUCUCAUUACAUUGACCAAUACUUAUAUAGCUAUGAAUUAACUCAUGGUCCAUUUACAUGGGUUAUUCGGAAAAAACAUAGUAACUUUCUUUACCUUCACCAACAGUUGAAACUUUUCUUGGCCUCUUUAAGUCUACCAUUGGCUUCAAGAGGGAAAAGCAGUAAACGUCGAAGUGUAAUGGAUACAAGUGGAACUCGAAAAGGAUUACCAGAAAUCUCUUUCAAGCCUGAUACAUUUUUAGCCCCAGAAGAGACUCGUGCUAGACCUAAAAUGUUGGAGGAAUAUCUGAAUGCCCUUUUAUCAAUCCAAGGAUUUCGCGAACAUGAAUCAACUCUCAAUUUUCUUGAAAUCUCUCGUUUAUCAUUUGUUAAUCACCUUGGUCACAAAGGAUUGGAAUCAUUCGUCCAAAAGAAAGACGGAGGCCAUGCAAUGGUCAACUGUUGUAUUCGUGCCAAAUACAUUUUCUCGACUGUUGCCAUGACUCAACGUAAAAGAUGGUUAAUAUUGAAAGACUCUUUUAUCGCCUAUUUACAUCCAAACACUGGGUCCAUACGCUGUGUCCUGCUUAUGGAUCGUUUGUUUAAAGCCAUUUAUGACCCCAAAGUUACUGGAGAUUUGUAUUCAGUUCGCAUUACCAACCUUUCUCGUGACCUUGACAUUCGUUGUUGGACCAAACGGUUAGCUUCUGAAUGGACUGAUACCAUCAAUCGGACUGCUACAACUUUAGGCAAAGACUACACUCAACCCAAUCGUUAUGAAUCAUUUGCCCCACCGCGUCCAAAUACACCAUGUCAGUGGUAUGUUGAUGGAGUCUCGUAUUUUGAAGCAGUCGCUGAAGCUUUAGAUUCAGCUAAAGAAGAAAUAUUUAUUACUGGAUGGUGGUUGAGUCCAGAAAUUUACUUGAAAAGACCUGUUAUUCAUGGUGAUAUCUGGAGAUUGGAUAUUCUACUAUCUCGCAAAGCAUCUCAAGGAGUUGCCGUUUUUAUACUUGUUUACAAGGAGAUUGAACUUGCACUUCAAAUCAGUAGCGUUUACACAAAGAAAAUUUUAAUGGGUUUACAUCCAAAUAUAAAAAUCCUUCGCCAUCCUGAUAUUGUUAAAGGUGCAACUAUCUUCUGGUCGCAUCAUGAAAAGGUCGUUGUUGUUGAUCAAAAAAUUGCUUUUGUUUCCGGAAUCGAUCUUUGCUAUGGACGUUGGGAUACAUUUCAACAUCGCCUCACUGAUUUAGGUGACAUCUCUAAAAAAGUCAUAGAAGAUCCAUUGAAUGACUCCAUCGAUAAAGCAAAUCAAUCUGUUACGGAGAAAAAUGAAAAUCCUUCUCUUUUCAGUGUAACCUGUGCCUUAAUGAAUGCCAAACGUCAAGAGAGUCAAAAAAAGGGCGACGAUAAAUUUAAAAAUUCAGUCAGUUUUUUGGUUCCAGAGUCUAAAGAUAAUGUGACGACAUUUAAUGAUAAUAAUGGUGAUAAAAAUAACAACAACCAUCCAAAUAAUGAUUCCAGCUCUUCUAAUCUAGAGCUAAGGCCAGCUGUUAGCUCUCAAACAUUAUUUCGUGUUGUUGCAAAUUUAAAGAAACUUCGACGUCACACCAUUAUUCGUAGAUCUUCUUCACUGGAUUCUCUUGAUGAUAUCGAGCUUAAUGAAACUGAAAAGAAAUGUGCCCUUCGGCGAACACCAAGUGAACUCGGUUUGACCGAUUUAUCUGGAGGAAACAAAUUAUGGAUUGGUAAAGAUUAUUGUAAUUUUAUUGCCAAAGAUCCAUGUGAUUUUAAUCGACCCUUUGAGGAUAGUAUUGAUCGACGUAAAAUUGUUAGAAUGCCUUGGCAUGAUGUUGGCAUGAUGGUUGAAGGUAAUGCUGCUAAAGACGUUGCCAGACAUUUUAUUGAACGUUGGAACUUUACUAAAUGCCAAAAGGCUCAAUUUCAUUCCAAAUAUGACUGGUUGUGUCCCAAAUCUACUAAUGGUGCAGAAUCAUUACCAUCAUCCGAUAAAAAAUUAAAUAAUGAUCAACCUAAUAGAUCAUCUUUCCGAGCUGAAUGCCAAUUGGUCAGAAGUGUCUCGGAUUGGUCAACUGGAACCAAAUUCACUGAAUCAUCAAUCUACGAGGCCUACAUAGACAUUAUUGACAAUUCUCGUCAUUACAUUUACAUUGAGAAUCAAUUUUUCAUCACUAGAUCUGGUGGACUUAAAAAAUAUCCCAGAGAAGUUGUUAAUGAAGUUGGUGAAGCCAUUGUUCGCCGAAUAAUCAGAGCUUAUCGAGCCAAUGAAACUUUUCGAGUUUACAUCAUUAUCCCACUGUUGCCAGCCUUUGAAGGGGAACUUGGUACAUCAACAGGAGCUAAUUUGGAAAUAAUUACACAUUGGAAUCUCAAAUCAAUUUGUAGAGGAAAUGAUGCACUUCUACAAAGACUUCAACGAGAAAUUGGUGAUAUAACCAAAUAUAUUUCCUUUUUUUCUCUUCGCAAUCAUGGCGAGCUCAAUGAUAAACCAGUUACCGAACUAGUUUAUGUGCACAGUAAAAUUAUAUUAGCAGAUGAUCGAGUUGCGCUCAUUGGAUCGUCUAACAUCAAUGACAGAAGUUUAACAGGAUCAAGAGAUAGUGAAGUUGCUUGUGUCAUCCGUGAUACUGAGAUGGAAGACGGUCUAAUGAACGGCGAACCCUAUCAAUGUGGUAAAUUCAUCGGAUCACUUCGGCGUUAUCUCUUUCGUGAGCAUCUUGGUUCACUUCAAACUAAAAGUGGCUCUAAAUCUUCCCGAAUCGAUGUUCGAGAUCCAAUUUCUGAUGCAUUUUACUUUGAUACUUGGCUCAAAAUAGCUCAAUCUAAUACCAAAAUUUAUGAUGAAGUAUUUGGUGUUAUUCCGUCCGAUGAAGUUUAUAAUUAUGAACAAUUAAGGCAACGAAAAUCAAAAGCAUGGCUAGUUGACACUGAUGUUGACCUGGCAAGGGUAAAGAUUGGCCAAAUUAAAGGACAUUUAGUCUGUUUUCCUUUAAAUUUUUUGAAAGAUGAAAAUCUCGAACCAAGUGCAGCAUCCAAAGCUUCUCUUGUGCCUUUAACCGUAUGGACCUAAAGUUCAACUACUUUUUUCGUGGCACAAGGAGAACAGAGCAUCUGUAUAAACAAAAAAAAUGUUAUACGCAAUCAAAACGCGAGAGAGAUUGUAAUAUAUUUAAGAAGAAAAAAAGUAAAUGGAAAUACUUAGAAACCAAAGAGCCAAUCAUAACGAACAUUCUGAGAAUUGCAACCUGAAGACCUAUAUCUCAGGUAAUAUCUAUAAUCAGAGUAAACCAUUCAACUGAUGAUAAUCAUUUUCAUCACCAGCAUCUCAAAAAUAAAUAGUUGGUAGUGAAAAAAACACAUCCAACAGCCAAAUCAACUAAAGAGAUGGAUCAAGGGAAAAAAAGUGAUGGAGAAAAUGCUAACCUCGUUAACCAAAAUGACCUUUUUAUAAAACUCAUCUCAUCAUGUUGAUGACCAUUUUUUUGUUCACAAUACUCACUGCCUUUAAUUCAACCCAGAUGCAAUAUUUCAGUGAAAAGUCAACUCCAGGAAGAAGGGAAAACUGGUCAUCAACAAAUUGAAAACCUAGAGUUCUAGUCAAAUGGUCAACUUUUGGAAAGCAGAGAAAAAGAUGAAGUAAAGAAACUGAUCAACAGAAACUCGAGUUAAACAGAUUUUUUGACAGAUUGUUCAUGACUACUGCUGAUGUCUCUCCAAUCCUUUCUCUUUAAUAACGUUUUUUGCUCUCGUAACUUAUUCUGGUCAAACUUGUGAAAAAUAUCAACUAAACUGGUAGUCGUUUGUAAAACAAAUCUGUGACCAUCUUUUCCAAUCUUGCAUAAUUAUCUUUGCUGCUGUCACUGAAUGCUGAUCUAUUGGAAGAACAGUGUUGCUGUAUUUAAAAUAGCUUAUCAAUGCACUUUAUACUCCAUCAACUGAUAGUUGACUACAGUUGACUUGCAUUCAAUUCACAUUGAACGGAUUUAUACAUUUUUCAAAGGACAAACUAUCAAUAUACGAAAAAAAGUAUCAAAAAAGAGUCUAUCAGCCGCAUAAUCACACAGAGGAAAAAAGAUAAAGUCAAGUAAUAACAUUUAGUGAUCACAUCAAUCAUCGUCUGGUAUCGUCCUGUUUUGACAGUUUGCUAACUUUCACUCUCUAUUCCUGGCUUGAAAGCUUCUUCUUUUUAUUAUCCUUCAAUUGUUGAAAUAUUUCAAAAUGAUAUUUGCUCAAUUACACUUACAUAUCCAAAGAAUGGAAGAGAGAAAUGUUUCAGUUAAAAGGAUCAAGUGAAACAAACAAAAUGAGCUGAUAAAUACUGAAACAAAAUACAGCAACUCAGAAAGCCAAGCAAGUUGAAAGAUGGCGAGAAAUGAAAUUUGUCCAAUAAUCAAAAUCUCAUCUCAUCUUUAGCAUCAUUUUUUGUGAUCCUUUCUCAAACAGAUUACAAACUAUCUAAACUGAAUCAACUUGACCAUUUCUUUUUCUGCUCCAUCCUUUCAUCACAUGGCAGCUUCAUUUUCAAUCUCCAUGAUCUUAGUCCAGUCUUUAAAACUUCAAUUUUCAUUCCAAAUAGUCAAAUUGAAAGUUGAAAAUAGUCAUAUUUUUGUCUUUUAUUGUUAAAAAGAUGAGCUCAAUCAUCUUAAAUUGUAAUUUUUCCCCUUGAAGCAAUUUUACAUUGUGAUAUCAACAUUAUCUCGUCAAACAAAUGCAACCAUCAAUCAACUUUUUAAUCAACUGUGUUACCAUUUUCAUCCAGAAUUGUUCCAAAAUAUCACUUUUAUUUCAAGCAAAAAAGAGAAGUCACUUUUUGCAAUUUUAUGGAAACAAAAAAGCGAUGCAUUUUUGUCGUUGAAGAUGUUAUUAAACUGUCCUAUUUAUAUCAACUAACCAUGUAAAAAUUGUAACAAUUAUUUUAACAAAAUGAAAACAAAUAUAAAGCAAAAGAAUCAAAAUUUUCAA